CCCGCACGAUUAACCUGUGACAGGGGACACUUGACACUCAGGCCAGCAAUUAUGCGAGAUGGUCUGGGCUAUGGUUUACGCUUCAGCAGUAGUUUUAUUUAUACAUCUCAAUCUGCCAUUGAUGGUCUGAUGUGCUCUCGAUCUUGAACAUCCGCACAUCAUGGCGAGCUUCAAAUACGCCUUUUCGUUGUCGAAGCAGGAGUUGGCGGAAGCAACACCCCCUGGGACUUCCAGAUUGAUCGCCCAGCGCUUUGACGAUGAGCCCGGCCAUAUCCAUCAUUUGCGUUUGGUGCCUCAACCGUCUUCCGAUGCAGCAGAUCCUCUGAAUUGGCCCAUGUGGCGUAAGAUAGCCAUCCUUCUUUGCAUGUCCAUAGACGCUUUCAUCGGGAACUUCGCGUCUUCGUCAAUUGCCAGCGCGCUCCCGCUCCUUGCGACACCGCUAGCCUUCAAUCCGCCUGUGGCUUUUUCAAGACUUUCUCAACUGAUCGCUGUCAAUGUUCUCAUGCAAGGUGUUGCGAACAUUUGGUGGGUCCCAUUGGCGAACACGUUUGGCCGCCGGCCUGUUAUCCUGAUCAGCCUGGUGCUCCUCGUUUUCUCAUCUAUGUGGGCGGGCUUAGCAACAAGCUUCAGUAGUCUCCUUGCCGCUCGCGUCUUCAUGGGUAUUGGACAAGCUCCUUCAGAAGCUGUAUCCCCUGACGUAGUUGGGGAGAUCUUCUUCACUCACCAGACAGGACGAGCAAUGGGCGUAUACACAAUUUUCCUUUUGACCGGCUCUUUAGUCGGUGGGAUAUCAGGAGGCUAUAUUGCGGGUAACAUGGGGAUUCCAUGGAUCCAUUGGAUUAACGUAAUUUUAGCCGCGAUCACACUUGUCCUGUGCUUCUUCCUCGCGCCAGAGACUAUGUUUGACCGGCAGAAGGUUUUAGGUCUCAACAGCAGACAAGAACCAUCCUUAGACACACACGAGAAGGUUCCAGAUAUCCGCCUUGAGCAGACUACAACCCAUCAUAAUGAGAUCACGGGCUCCUACUCUUUUCUUCGAUCGCUCAAAAUCGGUACAUACCGCCCAGGCUUAUUGCGCCGCUUUUUUGCUCCGUAUAAAACUCUCCGCCUGCCUGGCGUGUGGCUGGUCAUGUUCUGGUAUGCAGGUCUCGUUGGUGGUAUCGUCGCCAUAUCGACGGUCGGCCCCACGAUCGUUGCCUCGCCCCCGUACCUCUGGGGCGCAAACGCUGGUCUCAUCAACGUCGGUGGUCUCGUUGGUUCGGUUCUUGGUGCCGCAGCUACGUAUCUCAGCGUAGAUCAUGCUCUUACAUCCAAAGCGAAGCACGGGAGCCAUGGAUUAUCCGAGGCAGAGGACCGACUCCCGGUAACGUUGCCAGGUUUGUUCCUGGCGACUUGUGGAUUGUGGACAUUUGGCUUUAGCGCGUGGAGUUCUCUGCCCAAGGCAUGGGUCGGAAUGGAAGUCGGACUUGGAAUGUUGGCUUUUGGCUUGAUGCAGGCACCAAGCGUUGGGUUCAAUUAUUUGAUCGAGUCCUACAACGCCGUUUCUGGGGACUGCUUCGUCGCUGUAACAACUAUGCGUGCCAUCGUCGCUUUCUCAUGGACAUUCUUCGUCGGCGAGUGGGUUACGUCUGCUGGUCCGGCGGUACCUUUUGGUGUUUUUGGCGGUCUAAUGGGACUGUUUUCGUUGAUGGUCAUCCCGAUCUGGGUUUGGGGUAAAAGACUCAGAAUUGUUACGGAAAAGUGGCUACCUCGGGAGGUGGAGCACUGAGUUGCGAUGGUUCGAAGAGCCAGUGUG